AUGGCAACAAGAAGCAGAUAUCUGCUGCACAGGGUGCUGGCUGGAGUCAGAGCUCACACUGUCUGCUGUGACAGCUCAACUUUGAGCCCGAGCCAAGGACGUGUUCUGCUGCAGAGACCUUCACUCAGACAUGUGAGCUGCUCACACAGUCUGAACAGGUCUAAGUCUCACACCACAGGUCCCAGCAGUCUGUCGUUCAGGAGUCACACCUGUGGAGAACUCCGGACACAUCAUGUGGGGGAGAAGGUCACGCUGUGUGGAUGGGUCCAAUACCUCAGGCAAGAUCUGUUUGUCAUCCUGCGAGAUUUUAGCGGCUUGGCUCAAGUUCUGAUUCCUCGGGAAGAAUCGGCCGGAUCACACAAAAGUCGUGAUCUCACAACUGAGUCUGUCGUCAUGGUGACGGGGAUAGUCAGACCGCGACCAGCUGGACAGGAGAACAAGGCCAUGCCCACAGGAGACAUCGAAGUGUUGGCAGAGAGUGUGGAGAUUCUCAACGUGUGCCAGAAGUUACCUUUUGAGAUUAAAGACUUUGUCAAGAAAUCAGAGUCAUUGCGGAUGCAGUAUCGUUACCUGGACCUCAGGUCCUCACAGAUGCAGCAGAACCUCCGCCUGAGAUCUGAGCUGGUGAUGAAGAUGAGGGAAUAUCUCUGUAAAGAGCAUGGUUUUGUGGAUGUAGAAACUCCAACAUUGUUUAAAAGAACACCAGGGGGAGCCAAAGAGUUUGUGGUUCCAUCCAGAGAGCCCGGCCGGUUUUACUCUCUACCUCAGAGUCCACAGCAGUUUAAACAGCUCCUGAUGGUGGCUGGAGUCGACAGGUACUUCCAGAUAGCUCGGUGCUACAGAGACGAAGGCUCCAAACCAGACCGACAGCCGGAGUUCACCCAGGUGGACAUAGAAAUGUCUUUUGUGGAGCAGGCAGGGAUCAUGUCCCUGGUGGAGGGUUUGAUCCAGUCCUCCUGGCCAGCAGAGAAAGGUCCCGUAAAAGUUCCUUUUCAAACCAUGACUUAUGAAGAGGCCAUGAGGGACUACGGAGUGGACAAGCCUGAUACCAGAUUCACUAUGAAGCUGAUGGACCUCAGUGACGUCUUCUCUUCUACAGACGUUGAAUUCCUCAGAUCGGCUCUCAGCCAACCAGAAGGCUCCGUUCAGGCCGUCUGCGUCCCCAGUGGAGCGAAACUUUUGGCUGGGAAAGAUUUGGAAACCCUGAAACAAACGGCAAAGACUCAGUUUGGUCAGGAGCUUAGUGUGGUGCUGGUCAAAGCAGACGGGACGUUGAAGUCUCCUCUUAAAAAGCUGCUGUCUGCCUCGACCACAGACGAGCUGCUGCAGAGGACUGCAGCCAGCCCAGGAGACCUGCUGCUGGUAGCAGCUGGUUCCCUUCACACCGUGCGGCCAUUGCUGGGGCGUCUCCGCCUGCAGUGUGCACAGCUGCUGGAGUCUGGCGGCGUUUCAGUCCGUGACCCCUUGGCUUUUCACUUCCUGUGGGUUGUGGACUUUCCUCUAUUCUUGCCAAAAGAAAACGAGCCGGAGCAGCUGGAGUCAGCCCAUCACCCGUUUACCGCUCCUCUGCCGGAGGACGCACAGUUACUCUACACAGAGCCACACAAGGUGCGCGGUCAGCACUACGACCUGGUGUUGAAUGGCUGUGAGAUAGGAGGAGGAUCCAUCCGCAUCCACAGGGCCUCAGAGCAGCUUCAUGUCCUGAAGAAUAUCCUCAGGGAGGAUCCCAGUCUUCUCUCUCACCUGCUCCAGGCUCUUGAUUUCGGCGCACCACCACAUGGAGGCAUAGCUCUGGGUUUGGACCGGCUGGUCUCUAUCAUGGUCGGCUCUUCCAGCAUCCGUGAUGUCAUCGCCUUCCCCAAGUCAUUCAGAGGUCACGACCUCAUGAGCUGUGCCCCUGGCUUUGUAUCAGAGGAGGAUCUUAAGUCUUACCACAUCUCGGUCAAAUGGCCAACUGAGCGAGAAGGAGGAGGAGGAGAAGAGGGGAAGUGAGGGGGCAGAGAAAGGGUGUGAUACACCAGUGGAUGGGUUGCCUUCACAGACCUCUGUAACCCAGACGACUUCAGAAAGAUUGUGAAGAUGAAGUGACAGGUGAGCAUGAGUACCAGCAGGCGGUCUAUGAAGAGAUCUGCCAGCUGGCCUGCGCAUGUGAGCAAGAGAAGAGGAAGUGAAGAGGAAGUGAAGAGGAGGUGGUGUUGUGGCUGCAGAAUAGAAAUAUAAAGACUGUUAUGUCUGUGUUCAGUUACUGAACUCAUGAUAUUAUACAACCCUUUCUUAAUACUUUCAAACUCUAUUAUAAAGAUGAAUGAUGUCAUGGAUUUAUUGACAUUUCAAAGACACACAUCUAUACAGACUCUAUCUCAAUAAAAUGAUCAUUUUGUUUUGGUUUGAGUGACAUGUCUUACAAACUUUGUUCCAGUCUGUGUAUUCUUGAUCAGAAUAAAAUUCAGGAGAAUCACUUCA